AUGCUGCACCAUCAUGCUGCUCCUGCCCGGCUCAUACUCGCUUUCGGGUGCCCCCUCGCACGCAGAACUAAGCUGAGAGGGCUGUCUACGUCCAGCAAGCGCGAAGAGCAGAAGUCUAUCGGUCGGAUCGAGCUUGUCCCUCAAUCAAAGGCAAGAGAUGAUGAUGGCGACUUUUAUGCGGAAUGGCACCGUGAGAUGCUCGCUGCUGGCUACACGACGCCAUCAGAGCGCUGGAGACCGUCCGUGACAUCGCCCGUCCUGUUUGCGACGGGUCUCUCCGCCAUCUCGCUCGGUUUAGCGGCCUAUCUGACCAACCGAGAUGAAGAGCAUUACAAGCACAAGAUCGAUGGCACUCGCUUCAGAAGCUGGCUCAGAACACAUGGAGCCAUGUACCACCACAUGGGCAAAGCCAGCCGGCUGACAAGAGAAAGUGGCGCUCGCGAUGGCGGCCAGCCAGCUCAGGCAGAGUCGACGACACGCUACCACUUCUUGGCGUUCAUGGUCUGCGGUGGUGUCAUGUCAUCACUCGGGUCGCACCUUUGGGAUUCUCGCAUUGCUUACAACGCGGUAAGGCGGGCACUCAGAGAUGGCAUACGCGCGACGCCCAAGCUGUUCUGGCGCGUUCGACCUGGCUUGGGCGCAUCGGGUGCAGUAUGGUCAGUCGUCUCUUAUACCGCCCUCAGUACACCCGACGCUCGGCUCGGCAUCAUCUUCUUACCUGGAAUUGAUUUUCCCAUUGGCGCGGCUGCUGCUUGCUUGUUUGGUAUCGAUGUGCUUGGUAUGCUCCUCGGCUGGUCCCGCUUCGGCCAUGCAGCCCAUGCGACGGGCGCACUGUUUGGCGUCUUCUGGUUCUACGAAGGCGGCUACAUCUUCGACAGCAUCAGAGCAAAGGUCAGGCAGCUCUCAGAGGCAAUCGCAUAG